CCCACGCGGCGCAGUUGUCUCCGCUGUGGCGUCACAGCAGAGCGCAAAGGAUCAUGGUUAGACGGUGGAAGAAAGAUGGCGGAGGUGACAGAUGAGGAGAAACCCGAUGUUGCUCCUCCAGUGUUUGUGUUUCAGAAAGAUAAAGCACAAAAGAGGUCAGCAGAGGGAUCCAGCACAGAGGAUGGAGAGGACUCUGAUAAAGAAGACGGCGGUUACAGUCCUGCUGCCAAAAGAGGAAGAAGAUCACCAUUUACGCAGUUCCCACCAUCUCAUACCGUUUCUAAGAAUAAUGUUUUCAUGCCAUCCAGUUUCUGCCCGUCACCAACCGGAAACUCAGACUCAGAACCUGAGAAGACUGUGGGCUUUCGCCUGAAGCCCCCAACUCUUAUCCAUGGUCAGGCACCGAGCACCGGUGUCCCCAGCCCGAAACCCAAAGAAGCCCAGCGCAGCAUCCUGAGACCUCCAGUGCUGCAGCCCCCUCCGGCCCGAUCCCCACCUCAGAACAACACAAGCAAAAGCAGUUCAAACGGAGCAAAAACACUCUCUGAUGGAGGAGCAGAAUGUGAAGGUAACUCAGAGACGCCUGCUGCUGGCUCACAGGAUAAUGACCCGUCAUUGGUGAAGAACAACAGCACUUUUGAAGACAAAACAGAAGACAAAACUGAAGUUGCCCCAGUAGAGGGCAGUUUUGUGUUUGGACAGAAUAUGAAGGACAGAGCAAAGGUGGUCAACAGCUGUGUCUUAUCCGAGAGUGGCGAUUGUCUUCUGGCUGAAAAUUCAGAAGAAACUAAUUACUUUUUGCAGUAUAUCACUUCCAGUGCACAAAAACCUGAUAUCAGCAAUGCCAACAGCGUGAAGUUUGUCUUUGGGCAGAACAUGUUGGAUCGUGUCAUGGCGCUGCCGAAAUUCAGCACUGAACCUCCAGGGGGCAGCAGAGACCCUCAGCCAGAGAUGGGCCUGUUCAGCCAGAUUUCCUCCUCACAAGAUCAAACUGUGGAGAAGAGUAACACCAUGAAAGAGUCUCUGGAGGAGUCAGCUGCACGACACGAAGCACACAAACCCCAGAAGUGUUUAUUAGAGCGGGUGGAGGUCAGGACAGGAGAGGAGUCUGAGAGCAAUGUGCUGCAGAUGCAGUGUAAGUUGUUUAUGUUUGAGAUGACGUCUCAGUCGUGGGUGGAGAGAGGAUGUGGAGUGCUCAGGCUCAAUGACAUCGCAUCCGAUGAUGACGGCACCUUACAGUCCAGACUGGUCAUGCGGACUCAGGGAAGCCUUCGAGUGAUCCUCAACACUAAGCUUUGGCCUCAGAUGCAAGUGGAUAAAGCCAGUGAGAAGAGUCUCAGAAUAACAGCCAUGGACACAGAGGAGCAGGACGUCAAAGUCUUCCUCAUAUCUUCCAGCUCUAAGGACGCUGCGCAGCUCUUUGCAGCCCUGCACCAUCGUAUCCUGGCACUGCGGAGCAUCAGCGGACAGGAGUCUGACGGCCGUCCAGCCAUCCGCUUCAGUGAUGACGACGAGUCCCGCACGCCCCCCACAUCGGCUACACCUGCUCCAGGUAAUCUGGAGGCAGGUGUGUGUCCAUCCACAGGUGACACAUAGUGGUGAGCCUGCUGCUGAUUUCUAUCCCACAAUGCCUCACUGCAGCCCUUUGAUCCACUCAAAUACUAUGCAGGUGUUUAAUUCUCCAAUAUCCUUCAGGUGUACUGUAGUCUUGUGUUCAGCUGGUUUUAUUUAUUGGAUUUUAACAGCAAAAAAACUCCUCUUCAGGACUGGACACGUAACACUCUUAAUGUCAUCAUAUUGAUGAAAAAGAGAGGCUCUUAGUGUUUUAGUAAACUGUGCUUUUCCAUUCUAAAUGUGUGACUUAACUACUCCAUUUCCUGCUGAGUGGACACAGAGUUAACAGAAACCAAACACAGAUGUUAGUGUGUCCCAUCUCAUCUUCCAUCACGGAUCUGCUCAGUUUCUGCUGCAUUGUUAAAAUGAUCCCUCACUUUCUCUCUUUAGAUCUCCGAAUGACUUCACUUGAGUCAUGUGAUGUGUGAGCGGCAUUUAGUUUCCUCAUAUAGUGCUGUAGAUCAGUACAGUGUUAAAAGAGAGCUGAUCGUUCAUGUGACCGCUCUUAUCUGGAGUCUUAUAAACAUUUUAGAAUCAGAAGUUUCACACUGCAGCUUUAAGUGGACCUCAUUUAUUAUUCAUAUUAUAUCAAAUUGGUUUAGUCUCUUUAUUUAAAGGAAAAUUCACCUAUAAAUGAAAAUUCUGUUUAAUGCAUAAACAAUAACAAGAGUUUUUAUUUUUGGGUGAAAUGUUUCAGUUUUUACUUAUCAUUGCAGUGAGGUUGACCUCAACUAGCAAACAAAAGGAACCAUUGUACAAAUACUUAUUGUAAAUUAUUCUCCCGUUUCAAUGCAAUAGUACCUUUUCACACAGUAUAUUUUUAUGAAUAUGUCCUGUAAAUCAAGUUAUUAUUGUAUAGUUUAGGAUCAAAAGUUUUAUAGCAAAAUGUCUUGUUAAUGACAUUAAUUAUCAUAAUAUGAGUUCUGUAUUGUUACUACAGUAAUACUAUAUAGUGUUUUUCACCUAAAUAUUUGUUUAUUGAGGUUUUUGUCAUAGAUUAGUGAAAGACUUAAAAAAAAAAAAAAAAGAGAGAGAGAGAAAGAAAACUGGGCAACAUAUUUUAAAUGUGAUUGUGGAGCUAUAGAACUGGCCUAUUGGGGAAAAUCUCACAGACACAUCUGUCAGGGUUGUAUUUCACACUAAAAUAGGAUCAGUAAAGACAUAGUUCAGCCAAAUAUGAAAAUUUGCUGAAAAUGUAUCACCCUCAAGUACUUUCAUGUAGAUGAGUUUGUUUCUUAAUCUGAACGGAUACGAAUUCUCUGCAAUGAAUGGGUGCCGUCAAUAUGAGAGUCCA